UCUUGGUUAUAUGAUCUGCAGGGGAAAGGACUUUCUGGUAGAGAAUGUGAGAUCUGCGAUUUCUUUGUUUACCUUCGACAGUAUGGAUGUGGGACUGCCUCAUUGAAUGUUACUGUGGCUGCUUCAAUUGUUCUUCACAAUUUUGGAGUUUGGGCGGGGUUUUCUGAGCGGAGUCGGGAUGGGAACAAGUUUGUUGUUGCUGAGAGAGACAUGAGAAGCAGGUUAGAUACAGUGCCGAAACAGAAGAAGCGAUCAUUGAAGAGAGGAAGUGCAGAAGGGAGAAUCCAGCUAAUGAUGGGUUGUUCUUUGCGGUGGAUGAAGAGGGUGCAUCUGCUAACCUUCUGGAUGCCUUGUUUAUAG